AACAAGAAAAGUAGGCAGGGCUACUACAGCACUAAACAGAGGGAUGGUUUGCAUGUGACAAACCAAAAACAGUGGGGAGAAGAGCAGAAUUGUCUGUUUGACAUAAGACUCAACCUCCAACUACAUCACACCGUGACAAAUGACAGAGCACAAAGAAGAUACUCAAAUCAACAUACAAUAUGCUCUUCCUCAUGCUUCUCAAGAAGUCUUCAGCAGAUUAGCACAGGAGAAUGCAUACCUUUCCAGUCCAAAAACUACAAGCCAUCAUGAACAUUAAGGUCCUUGAUAGAUUUUAAUAUGGAGCUGGGCAAUCUUUACCCAAUCAGCUUCCAGAUAACCCUGACAGUCUUCCUAAUGAUAGAGUGCCUGCUUGGACUGAGUAGCAACCUGACUGUGUUGGUCCUCUACUGCAUGAAGCUCAACCUGGUUAGCUCGGUCAGCAUUAUUGUCACUAUGAACCUGCACAUCCUUGAUGCGCUUGUGUGUGUGGGCUGCAUCCCGUUCACGACUGUUGUCAUACUGUUGCCACUGAAGGACAACAAUGCUCUAUUUUCUUGUUUCCAUGAAGCCUGUAUCUCCUUCACAAGUGUAGCAACUGCCACCAACGUGCUAGCCAUCACCUUAGACCGCUAUGACAUCUCUGCACGGACAGCAAAUCGUGUGCUAACCAUGGGACGUGCAGUGGCACUGUUGGGGUUCAUCUGGGCCCUAUCUUUCCUCAGCUUCCUAGUGCCCUUUAUAGAAGUAGCCUUCUUCAACCAGGAAGUCUCUGUGCAAAACCAGACAGUAGAAGUGGACAACACCACAAUCCAGUACUACACUGAGCCUGGACUCUACUACCAUUUGCUAGCACAGAUUCCAAUCUUCUGCUUCACUUCCAUCAUCAUGCUGGUUACAUACUACAAAAUCCUGCAGGCACUCAACAUCCACAUCGUUACCUGUUUCCAAACAACACCUAAGAAGAGAACUUCAGAAAAAAAACCCAUUUCUAUGACCGAAACUCUGGCAUGCGAGUCCACAGAUAUACAGAGUGGAGGUAGAACAAAUCCUCCAUUAGCCAUGUGUACCUCUGUAUCAGUGAUCAUUGCUUUGAGACGAGCUGUCAAAAGGCACAAAGAGCGGCGCAAGCAGCAAAAGAGGGCUGUGCGGACGUCACUGCUUAUUAUCUCCACAUUCCUACUAUGCUGGACACCGAUCACCUUGCUCAAUAUCAUUCUUUUGUGUGUAGGACCCAGUAACUUUAUCAUGCGCCUAAGACUGGGCUUUUUGGUCAUGGCCUAUGGAACUACGUUCUUCCACCCUCUCCUUUAUGCUUUCACACGACCGAAAUUUCAAAAGGUUCUCAAGAGUAAGAUUGAUUUCUGAUUUUGAAAUAAAUAACAUCGCUACCUACAAUUAAUAUACUGGCCCAAGAAAAGAAAGAGAAAAAAAAAUACCUUUGAGGACACAAAUGUCCAUCAGAAUCCAUCUGUAUUUUAACUGAGAACACAGAAUAAGCUAGUGAGCCAAUAAAUGGCAAGUACACAAUCAUUAAAAGUUAAGCCACUUAUACAAGGCAAUAAUGUAAUUCUGCACCUAACAACAUGAAUUAUCAGGUCCAAAAUUAUAUAUAACAUGACAUUCAGUACUGUGCGAAAGUCUUAGGCACCCA